GAUGUCCUGGUUGUUGUAGUUCCUAUGUGGAGUAAAUUACUGUACUGUCUUUGAGUAAACUGUCAUUCCGAGGACUGCAGAAAUACUGUGGUGAUAAUCCGUCUGCUCUACUCCCGACACCACACGCCUCCUCUUCCCAUCGAGCUGCUGGCACAGUUCGUGACAUUGGACUAACGUUACCUGAAUGUUGGGAGUCGGUGCACUGUUCUACUAGCUAGUUAUUGAAUUUAGCGUUAACCAACAGCUAGCUAACGUAGUUAGCAGCAGAGAGCGCACCAAUUUGACAGUCAGUAGGUAGCAAAUACUUUCCUAGCACACUGCAUAUGAUCUAGCUAGCUUGCAACAGUAACGUUAGCUACUUCUACACUGCAAACCCCAGGCCAAGCACAAAACAACGGUAAGUACGUUAAUCAUAUUAUAGCGAAGUCUUUUUAGCCAGCUAGCUAUGGUGAUCAGAUUGGUUUCCCAUAGGGUUGUAUUUGGCACAACUGGCUAGCUACCUAGCUAGCUACGUACUUAGUUUAUUGUCAAAUCUGAGUCAGAGAUAGUCAAGCUAAAAUAUGGACGACAGUUUAAGACUGGACUUAUACACUUCGAGGUCACUCUCUCUUUGUCAGCUAAACGAAAGCUAGCUACGUGUGAUAACCCCUACCUCCGCCUUUCUCUCUAGUAUCAGAUGACAAUUAAUGGCUGUAGAUCGUAGCCAGCAGAUCCGACUGUUUGCUUACAGCUGUACUAGGGUCGGACAGGCUUCCUGUGCAUUUUUUUUUUAGGCAAGUCUAUCCUCCUUCAUUGGUGAUUGGUCAACAGUAGGGAUUCUUCAAUGAAGUGUUUGUUGUCAAUCAACAAGAGAUUGCUAAUUUUCAUGGAAAUGUUUCCACUUGAGAAAUACUGAACCAAACAUCCUAGUUUGAUGUAAAAUUGUGAGCCUAAGAUCUCCUUGGCAGAAACGUCAAAAUGAAUGACAGAUUUCUUGAGUAUCUUUGAGUCAUUCUGACUAGUUUGAGGAAGUGGCUACUGUGUCUCAAGAUGGACAAACAGUACUAUUGCUGCUUUUUUUCUUGUUAUUCAAGUAUAGGUCUUUUCAAGCGAAGGUCGAAGGUUCGCUUCAAGAAAAGAUUUAGUGUGCAAGAACAACUGAAAAAAUCCUUGCCGAAGACCAAAAUGUAAUCAUAAUAUAUGCACAAACUGUUCUGAACUGUUUCGGAUGGUAAACAUGCAGACACUUCUACUCUACACAGGAAGCCUUUCUGACCGUAGUGCAGACCGUAGUGCAGCUGUAGGCUAGACUUCCAUGAGAUCAGUUAGUAGCUAGUGAUUAGUGACUUUACAAGCAUUAUUCUUUUCCAGUCUACAGACAAUCAUCUUCUAGCAAAGUUUGUGUGUGUGAGAGAGAUAUGGAGACAGAGGGAGUGAGUGACACCUUUGGUGACACAUACACACACACACACCAUACGUUUACCAUACGUUUUACAAUCCGUGUGUACACUUAAAAUUAAAAUUCCUAUUUUCCCUAACCAUAACUCCUUAACCCCUAACCCUAAUUGUAACCCUAAACUUAACCCCUAAGUAUAAAAUAGCCUUUGUCCUCGUGGGGAAGUGGGAAAUGUCUCAAUGAGGGAGGAUUUUCCUUGUUUUUCUAUCCUUGUGGGGACUUUUGGGGAUUUCCGGUACCUAUGAGAAUAUUAAUACAAGCACACACACACAGUCACAAUGCUAGAUGAUGUAGACUGGAAUGGAAUAAUGUUUGUAGUCUAAAGUCGCAAACUGAUCCUGUGGAACACACACGGGUAAAUUGUUAUGGGAACGUUGUUUUAAUUGUUGCAGCUUGGCGCCAGUUUACAUAACUUUUGCAAAUCGCAUGUAUCGCCCUUGGUCUUCUCCUUAUAGCAACCAAUUUCAGACAUGACAUGUGAAUGUAAAUCUCUGAAACACUAUGCUGUCCAAGAAAGGCCGAGCUUGUUGAGCAAUCGCCCCCCAAUGUACUUUCACCUCCCCAAUGUACUUUCACACCCGCUACAUAAUCCAGUAAUACCUUUUGACUAAAGAAUAUUACAGCCGUCAAACGGUCUUCAACACUCGACUACCCUAAAGUGGGGUGAUAUAUUGUUUAACCUGUCAGUGCUUUUGUUAGUGCGAAGGCCCCUGUAGCUCAGUUGGUAGAACAUGGCGCUUGCAACGCCAGGGUUGUGGGUUCGUAUGAGUGUCGACUUGAAAGUUUGGAUGAUUUAAAGGCCAGUGAAUGUGUUCACCGAGAACACGCCUGGGUUAUUAUGUAACCGCACCAUUCGACCCUGCCGGCAGACGCAGAAACACCACCCGACCUUUCUGCCUCCUGGUAGUGCCUAGUGGAUGGACGCCGCCCUGUGGUGGAUAAUGGAAUUACUUGGUGUGAAUUGCAUUUCAAUGUAGACUCACUGGGGAGUGACUAAUCUAUGACAGACAGGCAACUGCCAAAAUAAAGGAAACACUUGAGUUAAUGAAGGAUACAAAGUAAAUUGAAAGCAGGUGCCACCACACAGUCGUGGUUCCGGAGUUAAUUAAGCAAUUCACAUCCCAACAUGCUUAGGGUAAUGUCUAAAAAUGCCCAGUUGCCCAUUAUGUUGUCUACCAUGGCUAGAAGAAGAGAUCUCAGUGACUUUGAAACAGGGGUCUCCAAGGAGCAUAGGGGGUUUAAAGGGUGUGUUUGUGUGUCUCAGUCACCAGAUUUCAAACCAAUUUAACACUUAUGGGAGAUUCUGGAGCGGCGCCUGAGACAGCAUUUUCCACCACCAUCAACAAAACAUCAGAUGAUGAAAUGUCUCAUGGAAGAAUGGUGUCACAUCCGUCCAAUAGAGUUCCCGACACUUGUAGAAUCUAUGCCAAGGUGCAUUGAAGCUGAUCUGGCGGCUCGUGGAGGUCCAAAGCCCUAUUAAGACACUUUAUGUUGGCGUUUCCUUUAUUUUGACAGUUACCUUUACUUUGUAACAAAUAGGCCUAUGACCUUCAGUAGCCGCAAUAUGACUCCUUACAGGUGAAUGUUGUUUUUGUCCAUGCAGACAGAAAAUUCUCUUUUUUGGAGUAGCAAAACUGUGCAUCUUAUUGCUUUUGCUCUCUAAGCAAGAUGAUGGUGGUUACAGUGUGUGUGUCUGCUUGUGACCUUUGCCCUUUCAGCCCGGGAUGGAGGCCCACAGCUCAAGCCGGUCAAGCCUGUCCAGGAAGAGGAGGAGAGAUGGGUCCAACGGAGAGGCCGAGGAGGUAGAACGGCCAGGGAAAGUCCCAAGAUCCACCGUGGUGAGUGAGGAAGAGAAUGCGGCUGUGUGCGUGUGUGCAGACUUCGUUUACGGGGAGUUGAUGUGUAUUGGUUAAGAUAUAGGAAAGUGAGUCAUAUGAUUGGUUAAGAUAGGAAAGUGAGUCAUAUGAUUGGUUAAGAUAGGAAAGUGAGUCAUUUGAUUCUUAUGAAGGAAACCCUUCUCAUGGUUGUCAUGGUAAUAAUGUGUAUUCGUACACUAGGGUUUAAAAGAUCCCGCCCCCUAUGCUGAUGAGCUAGAGUCGGCUGAGGACACUCCAUACCUGCGAGUCAGUAUGGAGGAGGCCAAGAGGGGAACUCCAUGUGAGUCGCACACACACAUCACACACUACACUCAUGGUCUUACUCACUCAAAAACACAACCUCUCAAUCACUCUCACUCGCACCCCAAAUGUACCAUUCCAAAGACAUGAACAGUUCUGAAAAUAUAUAGAAUGUUGCUCUAUUGAAGUGACCUGUGAUUGGCUGUCAUCACCAUCAUGUCCCUCUCCCACAGUUAAUAGGCCAGUUCGGGUGUAUGCAGAUGGCAUUUUUGAUGUGUUCCACUCAGGCCAUGCCCGGGCCCUCAUGCAGGCCAAGGGCCUCUUUCCGAACACACACCUCAUUGUGGGCGGUGAGUGUCUCAUUCUGGCUGUGUCAACCUUUCCUCUCUCAACGUGCCCUCUUGCUGGUUUACUGUCUGUCCAUUUAUUUGGUUCUUCAGUGGAAAUUGUUUUUCAGAGGCAUAACUCCAAGAACCCUCUAUGUAAAGUACUAUAACUAAUUCAAGUGUAUUCAAUUCCCCUGAACCUCCGUGCUUCUUUUCCUCUCGUCUCAGUGUGCAGUGACGACCUGACACACAAGUUCAAGGGGUUCACGGUGAUGAACGAGGACGAGCGCUACGAUGCAGUCAGCCACUGCCGCUACGUGGACGAGGUCGUCAGGAACGCGCCCUGGACGCUUACGCCCGAGUUCCUCUCCACGCACCGAGUGAGAGAGAGAGGAAAGAUGGAGGGAGGGAGGGAGGGAGGGAUGGAGGGGGGAAAUGGAACGCAAUGGCAUGCUGAUUAAUCUGACAGUAAUGUAGUGUGUUCAGAGUGUGUUCAGUGUGUAUAUUUGUGUGUGUAUAAUGUAAUCCAUCUCUCGUUCACCCCCCACCCCACCAGAUCGACUUUGUUGCCCAUGACGACAUCCCAUAUACAUCAGCAGGCCAGGACGACGUUUACAAGCACAUCAAGGAGGCGGGUGGGUACCAUGACAACGAGCAGGAAUGCCUAUUAUAAAUGUCCUGGUACCGUGUGUCUAUCACGAUGACCUCUCACACUUUGCCUACAGGCAUGUUUGCGCCUACUCAGCGGACGGAGGGAAUCUCCACCUCGGACAUCAUCACGCGCAUCGUCCGCGACUACGACGUGUACGUGAGACGCAAUCUGCAACGCGGCUACACGGCCAAGGAGCUCAACGUCAGCUUCAUCAAUGUAACACUUCACAUUACUAUCAUUUUUAUUAGUAGUAAUGAUGGUAUUUGGUUGUGAUGAUAAUGUAAUGACUUUUGAGUCAUAAGGAGCAGUAGUUGUGAGAGGUAGCUAUAGGUCUAUUUGUAAUGGGGGCGCCUCCCAAGUGGCACAGCGGUCUAAGGCACUGCAUCGCAGUGCUUGAGGCGUCACUACAGACCCGGGUUCGAUCCCAGGCUGUCACAGCCGGCCGUGACCGGGAGACCAAUGAGGCGGCGCACAAUUGGCCCAGCGUCGUCCGGGUUAGGGGAGGGUUUGGCCGGCCGGGAUUUCCUUGUCCCAACGCGCUCUAGCGACUCCUUGUGGCGGGCUGGGCAUCUGCACGCUGACUUCGGUUGCCAGCUGUACGGUGUUUCCUCCGACACAUUGGUGCGGCUGGCUUCCGGGUUAAGCGAGCAGUGUGUCAAGAAGCAGUGCGCCUUGGCAGGGUCGUGUUUCGGAAGACGCAUGGCUCUUGACCUUCACCUCUCCCGAGUCCGUAGGGGAGUUGCAGCAAUGGGAAAAGACUGUAACUACCAAUUAGAUAUCACGAAAAGGGGGAUAAUUUUAUUUAUAAAAAAGGUUGUAUUUGAAUAAAAGCUGCUAGGAAACAUGACUUGUUUACUAGUUUAGUGCAGCCUCGCAUGCCAAGGUCUGGGUUUAUGACACUGUGCCCCUGUCUUUCAGGAGAAGAAGUACCACCUGCAGGAGCGUGUGGACAAGGUGAAGAGGAAGGUGCGCGACGUAGAGGAGAAGAGUAAAGAGUUUGUGCAGAAGGUGGAGAACAAGAGCAUCGACCUCAUCCAGAAGUGGGAGGAGAAGUCCCGGGAGUUCAUUGGCAACUUUCUGCAGAUGUUCGGCCCUGAGGGAGCACUGGUGAGAACUUCUCUUUUGUUCUGUCUGUGUAAUGUAGACUAGAAUGGUGUAUUUCGUGGCAAUCCUCAUUUCCUGCUCUGGGGAAUAAUAUAGUGAUAGUGUAGCAUUCCAUGGAAGAUUUGUGUUGUAGAUCAAUGGGAUUUGUUUUAUAGCCUAAGAACAACAAAUGAACUUGGAAUCUUGACUGAGAUGCCACCUCUCUCUGUAGAAGCACAUGUUGAAGGAGGGCAGGGGCCGGAUGCUGCAGGCCAUCAGCCCCAGACAGAGCCCCAGCAGCAGCCCCACCCGCGAGCGCUCCCCCUCGCCCUUCUUAAACAAGGCCUCACCCUCCCCUCCACCCCACCACAGCGCAGCACGGGGAUACCCCAUCAGCGAGGAUGAUGACGAGUCUGACGAAAAUUAGGGUUCCCGUUAAUCCCGCCCCUCGGUCCAUCAACAGCAUCAGCGUUCAACCCCUCCAACCAAUCAUCAGUAUGUCCACUUAUAUCUGUAUAGCAUUGUCCCGCAGUUCAUUUGCUCAACCCGUUUAAUUUCUUCAAUUGCUGGUGUCCAUUUCUUAUGGACUGUACCACUUCAUUAGUCAUUCAGAGGGGGGUUAAUGCGCACUUUGUUUUUGACAUCUGAUGUUGCAUUUCUGAAUGCACAUUGUAGCUGUCACAUCUUUUCAUUUUAUUAACGGUCAGUAACCACUAGUCACUGGAGGCAUUGGGAGCGAUGUGUUCAUUACCCUUCAUGUUACGUUUGUCACUUUCAUAUUAUCAAUAAUUUCUCACUUAUAGGAACAUUUUCCAGAUAUUAUUUUUGAUGCACGCUUCCUACUCAGGAUGUUAAUCUUAGCGAGGUGAUUUUAUUUUGUUAACCUUGAGUUUAGUAGGGAAUUCAGUUGUGUCCCCCUAUUGUGUUGAGGGGUGUUUGGUGCACUGUUGAAUUCCUUCUCAGAUCAGUCCUUUUUUUUUU